AUGGAUCCCGAUCUAGAUGCGGAAGCGACACAGCAAGCCACCCAGAAUGUGCUGGACCCCAGGCGCUUGGGCAAGCAGAACUCCGGCUUCUCGGACGAAGAGCUGUCCGACAUAAUAUGCCUCCUGAUCCCAUGUUCCGAACAUGCGCGCCGAGAGGUCUCCAUGAUUGCGCCCGACAGCUCCCAACACAUGGUGGGGAGGGACGAUGCCGAUAACGUGGAGCUCGACCUCGACCUGGAGGACGAGGCAAGCAGGUUCGGACUGAUCCCUCGCGGGGCAGGAGAGCACGUCAUUGCGCUGAGGCUGUCGUCCCAAGUCAAGGACCCCGUCCAAGGCUUCACCUUCGGACGAAACGCCAACCGCUGCGACAUCUGCUUCCACGACGAUCCGCUGAGGCGGCUAAGCAACAUACACUUCCGCAUAUAUCUGAACGAGUACGGCGUCCUAAUGCUAGAGGACCGCUCCACCAAUGGGACUAUUGUGGAUGAGAAGCUACUGAAGGCCAAAUCCAGGGAGCCCAGCGAGACGAGGAGGACGCUGAGCAGCGGGUCGACAGUCAAGAUCCUGAUGCACACCGACUCCAACGACUUGGUCUUCCUUGUGCGGAUUCCUCGGCGAGAAGGGGCGUACGAGGCGGCAUACCGCACGAACCUAGUCCGCUACAUGCGCCACCUGAAGGAGCUGACAAAGGAUGCAAACGCCACGAUCGGACCAGGCCCUGGAGGUCAUGUCGAUCUCUUCCCUCCUCAGUUUCAAAAACCACAGCUCCCUCGUCUUCCGGCCCCACAGUUCGGCUUACCCGAGGAAACGACCCAAGAUAACGUGGAGCGCCUCAAUAGAGCAUGGAGCGGCUCGGAAAAGUACCACCGGUUAGGCGAGAUCGGCAAGGGCGCGUUUGCGACAGUGUACAAAGUCACCGACAAGUACAACGGCAUCCCAUAUGCGGCCAAGGAGUUAGACAAACGGAAAUUCAUGAAGAACGGCGUUCUCGACCAGAAGGUGGAAAACGAGAUGAUCAUAAUGCAGAGGGUCCAGCACCCUAAUAUUGUGCGCUAUAUUGAGCACAUGGACUGGGACAGCCGCCUUCUCAUCAUCAUCAUGGAAUACGUGCCGGGAGGCGAUCUCGGGAGACUAAUCCAAGAGCGCGGCUGUCUCACGGAGGCUGCUGUGAAGACCAUGGCCAGGCAACUCCUGGAUGCGCUGGAGUAUCUACACGACAACAACAUCACGCACCGUGAUGUGAAGCCAGACAACAUCCUAAUCAGCUCUCAGCAGCCUUUCCACGUCAAGCUGACCGACUUUGGACUAUCGAAAAUGGUAGACAAUGACCAGACAUUUCUCAGGACGUUUUGCGGCACGUUGCUCUACUGUGCCCCUGAAGUCUACUCCGAAUUCGCCGAGUACGACGAGUUUGGGCGACGGCAUCCCAGGAAUCGGCAUCGCAAACAAGCCCGUGGCCAACGGUACGAUCACGCCGUCGACAUCUGGUCCUUGGGUGGUGUCCUCUUCUACGCCCUGACGGGAAGCCCCCCUUUCCCUGUCAAGACAGGCAUAAGCUACUCGGAGCUGCUCCACCAGAUCAUGACCAGGCCGUUGGACGUUUCGCCUCUACACGCAGCCAACGUGUCGCCGGAAGGGAUCAACUUCCUCGAGCGGAUGCUUGACAGGCGGCCGGAGAUCCGAGCAGCGGUGCGCGACCUCCAGGAGCACCCUUGGCUCAGCGGGAUGGGCGUGAUACGGGCCCCCUCCGCGUCUCAGUCGUACGACGAAAUCUCGGACCACGAGCUUGAGCCCUUGUCCCAGUUGAGUCUCGAGGACAGGCAGCGGCAAGACCCGCUGGAUGACAACCACGGGCUCAUUGACGAGGAUGACGAGGAUGUGAACGACGAGAACCACUUCAGCGGUUACGAAUCGGAAAAGGAGAACUACACGUUUGGACCUGGCAACCAACCGCAGCGGCUAUUUGGGGAGGUCAAUGUUUCUGCAAUUGGGAGUUCGGGCGUGAUACCGGAAAACCGCCUCAACCUCCCUCUCUCAGCCACAAGCCUCGCCACAACUGAGAUUUUAGGAAACUCGGAAGUCCGUGAUAGCUUCGACUCGGUAGUUUCCUUGACUCCGAGGCAGAAGUCACAAAAGUCACAACCCAACUCAGGGGGCGGGGUUCGACUCUCUGCACUAUCUGCCGGACAGAGCAAGUCGGUAGACCAGCUGAACAACAUGACCUUUGAUGUGGCGUCCCAAAGCCUGGGUGGUGCCGAGUCGAUAUUGGAGAAUCUCAACAUGCGAUCUUUAGCGGGCUCGCACCUUCAACCCCACGACAGCGAGUACUUUUCUACCAGCAAAAGGAAAACGUUCUACGACAACAGCGAUGACUCCGAGGGCUCAGCCAUUCGCGACAGGCCUAUUAUUAAGAGGUUCAGGUCUGACGGCCCUGUAGACUCAACAACGGACUGCUCCAGCGACGACGAGGAGGGCGAUCUAUUCGCGUUUAUCCCGCCCGUUGCCAAAGCUCGGUCAUCCCGCCAGGUCGACGAACCAGUCGAGAAAUCCGUCUAUUGGAAUCCUCAGGAUCGGAAGACGUGGCAUCUCAGGUACCCCGAAAUGACCAAAUUCCAGUUUGAUGCUUUCGAAGCAGCGGCAGAGGCGAGGGGCGAAGAAUUCGGGCCGGGCAAAUCCCCCCUCUGGGACUUGGCCAUGAAGUACUUCCCGCCAAAGCACUACGAGGAAGUCGUUGGGCAGCUCGACCUUGAUGUCGAAAGAGUCUCAAACGACGGCAAGACAGUCCGCCACGGCGACCCGGGGACCGGAGGCUUGGACCAGGGUGGCUUGCCGUCAACCGCCGGUCCGUACGACGAAGUCGGAGGCGAGGGGGACAUACCCGACACUUUCGUUCCCUCCCGACAACACCGCAUUGUGCCCCUCGAGACCAACCCGCCCGGUAAGAGAAUCGUGGCGUCCAUCCAGUCUUCUCCCGACUCGGUGAUCCAGGGAAUAUCCGUCCUCGUCACCGAGUCCAUGCUAUCAUGGGGGAGGGCGCCCGAGAACACGCGCAUCUACGAGCCGAGCAAGGACACGAGGGUGCCCAAGCACGCCUUCAAGAUCAUCCUCUGGAAGGAGGGCUACGACCCAUCCAAGGACUCCCGGCCCUGGAACCAGAAGUCCAACGUCGUCGGCGACGUGGACUCAUUCCACUUCUACAUCUCGAGCAAGGCCACGCAGGGGAUACACGUCAACGGCUCGCUCCUCCAGUCGCACGACUGCAGGAACCCGGCCUCCCCGUCGAGGCACUGGAUGCGCCUCCACGACGGCGACGAGAUCAUCGUCUGGCACAACAACAACGGCGGCGUCUCGUACACCAAGACGGAGCUCAUCUUCGGGUGCGCGUGGGGCGGCAGCUCUAGCCCGCGCCCAGCAUCUCCUCCUCCUCUCGGUCCACCGCCGCCGCGCCCGCAGCUCGUGGCCGAGGGCGUGGCCCGCAGGCUGGACGAGGUGUGCGCGCGGGCCGAGAGGAAGAUGCGCAACAGGAGCGAGUACGACCUCAAGAUGGAGGAGUCGCGGCACGACCACGACGAGCGCAGGCAGGCCAUGGCACGCGAGAGAGAGCGCUCGCGCGUCUUCGAGGCCAGGCGCGUCGAGGCGUGUCGGGCGCUGGCGGCGAGGCCGAGUCGGAGGGCUAGCCCUGCUGCUACGACGGCCGGUGGUGGUGGUGGUGGUGCGAGGGUCAGCCCUGUGCCUGGUGGCGGUCGUGUCGUGCCUAGGAUGAAUCGCCCUUCGCCUGGGCCGGUGUGA